AUGAAUACGAAUAAGACGCAGCUGACGUAUGUUACUUCGCUUCCUGAGUUAAAUAAAAUGCUUGCAGAUUCAACGAAAAAUAUCAAGGAUGUAUUUUUCCCGAAGGAAGAAAUUGCAGCUCUGCAGUGGGAUACCUCGGAGAAGUUCGUCUCGCAAGACAUUUCAACCAACAUCUUCGUCGCUGCCUUCACCACGGCCUGGGCGCGACUCAAACUUUACCAGGAAAUGGAUAAGUUGGGCAGAUCGGUGCUCUAUCACGACACUGAUUCCAUCAUUUAUGCAAGUAACGGUUUAAAUGAUCCCCCUAUAGGCAAUUUUUUAGGAGAAUUCACCGACGAAUUAAAUGGGGACACGAUUACUACAUUUGUGUCUGGUGGACCAAAGAAUUACGCGUAUGAAACAUCUAGAGGUAAAACGUGCUGUAAGGUAAGGGGGUUUACCUUAAACUUUCGAAACUGUCAAGUAUUAAACUUUCAUUCCAUGAAAAUCCUAGUACGGAGCAUGGAUGACGAAGGAGUAGUCAUCACAAAUCCAACCACGAUAACCCGUGAGCCUAAACGCUGCAAAGUUAUUAACAAGAAAGAGACAAAACUAUACCGAAUGGUCUAUGAUAAACGAGUCAUUGUACCCUCUGACCUAUCCACUCUUCCCUACGGAUACUGA